GGCAUUUUCCUGACAUUAGCAGAAAUAUGGAAACCCAGAAAACAAGUAUACUACCUAAACAGAAAAUCAGACCAAUUUUUUCGAAAUUUUCAAAAUUCAAACAAAUCAAUUAUUCAAAAAAUGGCGAACCGAUACAAUCGAUUCUCGAUUCCGAUUAUUAUGCGCUGUUUCCAGGACAACAGACAUCAUCAAUCGUUCACGGUUCUUUUUCGUCCUUCCAAGAAAAUUUGUCUGUUCACACUUCGUUCACUGUGUUAUAUGAAAAUUAGUGCAAAUUUAACUCGCGAACUAAAAAAAUGUCCCAACGUGCAAUUUUUGAUAUCCUGGGUGGCGAUAAGGAGGCGGAAAUACUUCAAAGUUUCGUUCGGGUGGGAAUAAAAGCUGAAGAAGAUGAAGAAGAACCAAAACGGAGUCUCUAUGCUGCUAAAAGGGUCAUCAAUCAAGAAUCCGACACUCAAGAUUCAGCUGAAAAGCCCAGGCAGCGUUCAAGAUCGAUAACUAAGUCUGAGAUGGAUGGUAUCAAAAAACGGAAGCCCAGAGAUUAUUACAGUGAGGUAUACACUGAUAAGGAUCGGGCUGCUGCGGUGAGUGCAGGCAGUUAUGAUAUUAAGCAGAGUUUGAAAAUAAAACGACAGCAAGAUCGUCAGGAAGCCCUAUUGAUUCCCGAAGAAGCGGAUGCAGCUUCACUGAUUACAUUGGGGACAAAAGAGGCGAAAAAUGGGAACAUCGAGAGUGCUGUAAAUUGUUUUUCAAAGGCUUUGGAGUUGAAUGGCAACGAUAUAAAUGCAUUGAUUUCCCGAAGUAAAUGCUAUUUACUACUGGGCGAACCAGGUAAAGCUCUGCAAGAUGCCGAAACUGCUCUAAAUUUGGAAAAGAACAACAUUCGGGCAAUCUACCAAAAAGCUGAAUCUCUAUACUUCCUUGGUCAAUUCGAAAAUAGCCUUAUGUUCUUCCACCGUGGCUUACGGCUGCGCCCUGAACUAGCGUCAUUCCGGUUGGGAGUCCAGAAAACUCAAGAAGCUAUCGAAAACACAAUUGGUACAGCGCCCAAACCCGAAAUCGGCAAAUCGACUAAAAACAAAAAUAAAUCACGGAGUAAAUCUACUUCGCGAAUGAAUCCGUCUUUGAACUUAAAACCCAACAGGCCAAAGGUUACAAAGGUUGAUUUUGAAAAAAGAAAUGCACGGAAAUUAUUGGGAGAGUUAUACAUCGAUAAAGAAUACUUGGAGAACCUUCUUAAACAUCCUGAUUUGAAGCGGGCUGAUACUAAUAGUGAAAAUAUCUCCAUGUUAGCUAAAGAUGCUUUGGAAUUCUUAAAUAACCGACAGGAGUUCUGGCGCCAGCAAAGAACCUGCACCGCAUUGCCUAACCAGAAGAAUAUCCCAGAAAAUGUUUUACCUGGAUGGUAUUAGACUAAAAUCGUUACAGCGUUGAAUAAAUUAUAUGUUAUAA